GGGGAGACAGGUUGCAUUAAGGUUGGAAGAAGACUUCUUGCAGGCGAAUUGUCAAGAACUCCAAUCAGCAAGUGUCGACACUAAAAGAUUGGACUUUGAUGGCAGAGCAGCCCAAGUCCGAGAAGGAUGCUGCGAGGAGACGGCAGAAGGUGGUUCGGAGGAUUUGCAUCUCUUCCUUCUUCAGUGUUUGCCAGCACUUUAUUUUUGCGCAGUCUGAGCCACGGCUUUUCCUGAGCCUUUGCAAUAAGGAUGCUGCAAUGGCCACCCGAAUUCUUGGUAAUACAUCGGGCAUAGCUGGCUUGCUGAGCUUGAUCGUCAAUCAAGCAGGAGGAAAGCUGUCUGAUAGUAUAGGAAGAAAGCCUGGAUUUCUGGCAGGCCCGCUGUGCAACAUUAUUCUUGGCUUUCUCGUUGUUUUGAAUCCGCUCAAUCGACCUUUGAUAGCAGUUUGCCGCGUCCUGCGGUUGAUCUUGACAACAUUUUCGAACACUGUAAUGUGCACCGCCGCUGUGGCAGAUGUGUGCUCGAGCAGUGAGCUUGCUCUGGCAAUGUCCAGGAUGCAGACUGCUGCUGGCCUUGCUAUGUUGCUCACUCCUUUUAUUGAGGGAAGGAUUUUGCACUGGUCACCUUGGUCACCACAUGGCAUCAAAUAUGUUUACGCCGCCAAAGCUGCAAUUGCCACUCUUCACACGGCAUUUGUCGUCACCCAGCUGGAGGAGACGUUGGACGUUUGCAAGAGAGCCUCUGCCAAAAUCACCUUUGAUAUGGUCAACCCAUUUGGAUUCUUGAGAAUCUUUACCCAAGGAAGCCAGGCUUUGAGGAAGCUUGUCACUAUAACAACUUUGCAGAUGUUCUUGGAGGGCAAGAACCUGAGUGACGUCGUCCAGGCCUGGAUUCGAGAUCAUUUGAAAUGGUCUGUGACACAGGUGCGAAACUUCAUUGUCGGGUACGGAAUGCUGUGCACGGCAACGGGCUUGUCGGCAACACCUUGGAUGCUUCGCAACCUUAGUCCACGAGGAUUCACAACGACGACAAACCUUCUGAACCUGCUUGCUUUCAGCGUGCGAGGGCUUGCUCCCAGUUCUUUGUUAUUUCUAUCUAUGAUGGUGCCGAUGCUGCCAGGCGUCAACGGUGCCAGUGCGACAGCCUUGAAAGCUGUAUCGCAGGACAUUGCCACCAAUCAGGGCUUCAACAACGGUGAGUUCUCUGCUUGGGUCAACAAUCUAAGAGCUUUUGCAGGCUCUAUAUCCCCAGUGCUUUAUGGCCAGGUCUACGCUGCGGCAGAGCAUAGACGCAAGAAUCCUGGUUUGACCUUUCUUUUGGCCGGGACUCUGGGAGCACUAUUGCCACAGGUGAUACUCAACUAUGUCUCAGACGGUGACAUGAUAGCUUGAAAAAGGAAGUUGUUGGUG